CCCCUCAAGCUGUUUUUCUAGCAUGUUGCCCUUUUUCAACCACAUUUGUGUUUCAGGUGUAGAGAGGAGAGUGAACAGGGAGCGGGGCUUUUGUCUGUUGGUCUCCCUGGACUGAAGAGAGGGAGAAUAGAAGCCCAAGACUAAGAUUCUCAAAAUGGUUUAUUACCCAAAACUCUUUGUCUGGGUCAGUCAAGAACCAUUUCCAAACAAGGACAUGGAGGGAAGGCUUCCUAAGGGAAGACUUCCUGUCCCAAAGGAAGUGAACCACAAGAAGAACGAUGAGACAAACGCUGCCUCCUUGACUCCACUGGGCAGCAGUGAACUCCGCUCCCCAAGAAUCAGUUACCUCCACUUUUUUUAAUCAUAACACCUCCAUUUGUAUUACAUACGGUGUAUGGGUAUUGAUGAGGUCAUGGUACCAUAUAUGGGAUUUUUUUCCUGUGUAAAUCAUCAAGUAUAAGAGGAAACUAUGGGACUCUGAGCCUUGCUUUAGAGAAUUUACAGUGGACAAAUAGGUAUCAUCAAACCAGUUUUUAAUCAUUCUGACCCAAGUGAAAAUGCUCAGAAUUUCACACUGUGAAUCCACGUUUACAGCCCUUACAGGUGGGCCUUCAGGCCUGGUUCGCUACAACAAUGUCUUCCACAACUCAAACUCCCACCGCGUUCUCACAACCGGUCCACUCCUGCCUUUUCACUCACACAGCUCCCGACUGCUUCUUGCAGAGGCUGAGAGUUCCCCCUUUUUUUUCGUUUAGAUGUAACAAACCUAGUAGUUUAUGUUCAUCAAUUGUCUGUAUAUCUCUAUAUUUUAUCCAUGUACUCUUUUGAUGUAUAGAAGUAGUUUGAAACUCAUUGUUUCCUUGUGGUAAGUGACCGAGAUGCUGCCACAGGACCUGAGACACUGAUGAAUGGUGCUAUUUUGGACUUUCAACAUGCUCCUUGGCGAGGUAGCUCUGAUGGGGUUAUUUUUUAUUGCCAUGUUCUAAGAAGGUGUUGGUACUCUGUUUACCUGAAUGUUGUUCUCUAGACUGGAUUGACUUGUUUUCCUUGUGUCUUCAGUGUGGCUUUCUUCCUCAGUGUUGUGGGUUAAGCGAAUGCUACCAGAGUGUGAGAGACGAUUGUCUCGUUGGCUGGCACUCACGGACAUGCAGUCACGGCAGCGGGAGAAAUCACAAAACUGUAAUUUACUUACCAAAUCUCUUCCUUUCUAUAGCCUCCCCUGCCUGACUUAGAGAAAGAAAAGCAAUAAUUUUACAGGCAUUUUGAGGUGUCUCUUUGGGUUCUUUCUGUUUGAAAGGAUAUUUGUGGAAAAAAAGAGCAAAACCUUUUUAAAUAAAUUCCCCCUGAAAAAAACUCAAAACACUGGCAUCUGAGUAGGAAUAU